UUCAGAUUAGUUCUUCUAUCUCUUUUGCUUACGCAUAAGAGACCCCAACUGGAGAGAACUGGUCUAACAGCCAUCUGUGUGAGUCAGAUGAAUAGGCUCUCAGAGUACAGGCAUCUUCUCUGAUAAUUAUUGGAGUGUGGGGAGUGGCACCGUGUUUGGAGAGGCAUGAGAGUAAAGAUCCUCGGGUGAGGUCAGGAGAGAGUGGCAGAGCCGAGUUGAGCCAGUGUUUCGCCUCCUGGUUCCUCAUGGCGUAUGCAGCAUUCUGGAAUAGUACCAAAGGAGGAGGAGCAGCUGCUUCUCCAACUAAAGACCGACUUUGUAGCAGGUUUUCAACCUCCUUUUACACUCCGAAGCCCUUCUAUGGCAAGUCUCAGCCCAGUGAGGCCACGCCCAAACCGGCAGCUCAGGUCUCCACGGGGAAGCCGGCACAGUUUGAGAAGGCUUCAUCAGGAUCUGCCAUGGCUACAAGGCCUGGGUCGCAGGCAGCAUCAGGCAGACCUGCAGGAAGUGGCAUCACAGCAGGAGGAAGUGCCUCCAUUGGGACAGCAGGAAAAGAGGCACCUAAAGCCAGAACUGAGACUAACACUACGCCAGCAGGUGCUACUGUUAUAAACAUGUCGUCCAUUGAGGAUACUAUUGUGGACAUGACAUCAGCUGGGGUGAGGGGCGGUCCUUCAGAGAUGUCACAGGCUGCACCUCUGUCCCAAGUUAAAACCACAACUUCAGUGUCCUCCGCUGCUGCUGCUGGAGCAGCUGCCGGCUCUGCAUCUACUGCUGUGACCAAAGCCAAAGACACGGCCAAGGUGCAGGUGGAGGGUCUACCAAAGGUAGCUGCAGGAGCCAAAGAGGCAUCUGCAGUGGAUCCAUUUGAUGCACUCGCCAGCAGUCUACCAUCAGCUGAUCCUGUCGUCCCCGAGAAGCCAGUUUACACAGGGCCAGAGGUCAAAGAGCAUGAAGUCACCUCAGAGAAGAGUGAGAAGUGUGGAGAAAGAGAAGACACGCUGCCUCCAGGGUACAGACUUGAAGAUAUGCCUCCAGCUCCUGCAGAUUGGAAACCCAAGGAUGUUCCAAAACCUCUGAGCACAGACGAAGCCCUGGACUCUCUUUCUGAGGGUUUUAUGUCCUCGUCUGGUCCAGCUGCACCCAAGAAGCAAGAGAAAAAAGUCCCAGUUGAAACCGUCACUGCUGCCUCUGCUGGCCCAGCUAACUUUGCACCUGCUCCCAUUAAGAACACAGCUUCCACUGCGAUGCCUCGUCCUGCUGAAAAAAAAGCCAAAAUGGAAACACCACAGCCAACAUCCUGUGGACUUGACACCAAGCCUGAUACUGCCCAGAUGAAUCUGGAUGCACUCAAUGCUCUCAGAAAAAUACUGCCAACCGAUGCACCCAAACCAGCACUCCCAGAAGUCAAACCAGAGGACAUGGCCCUGGAGGACAAACGCAAGAAGGAAAAGGGUGAAUUAGUUGGAGAGAGGGAGGAUACGAUUCCUCCGGAGUACAGGUUCAAUAAGGAGGAGCUUGAAAAACUGCCUGCUCCCAAACCUGAGCCCACCAUGGGUACUGGUGAAGCUCUGGAUAUUUUGUCUGGAGACUUUCUGGACUCCUCAGCAGCUUCUGCAGUCAAGGCUCCUCCGGCCCAGAAAGCCCCCGCUGUGGCUGCUGACAAAAAAGCCAAGAUGGGGCAAGUGAAAGAUGAUUUCUCUCUGGAGGAAGGACUUUCUGCUUCUACUGCAAAGAAAGUUGAGUCCUCUGCCUUACCACCCAUGGAACAGAAAGCAACAGCAAAGAAAACUGCUGCUGGAAAGGGUGCCAAGACUGAUCAGGGUGCCUCGAUGAAUCUGGAUGCCCUCGGUGCUCUCGGAGACACGCUACCAGUUGACGAACCAAAACCAGAAGAACCUGAAGUCAGACCGGAGGACAUUGUCUCAGAGGACAAACACAAGAAGGAGAAGGGUGUAUUUGUUGGAGAGAGGGAGGACACACUUCCUCCAGAGUACAGGUUUAACAAAGAGGAGCUUGAAAAACUGCCUGCACCAAAACCUGAGCCCACCAUGGAUACAAGUGAGGCUCUGGAUAUUUUGAGCGGCUCUUUUGAGACCCCUGCAGUAGCCCCUGCUGUUCAGAGUAAAGUAGAGGAUGUGUCAGCACUGGAUGUACUCUCUGGAGACCUUGUUGCUCCAACUAAAGCAUCAGGAGUCCAGGCACCCAUCCCUCCUUCUGCUAAGAAGACACCUGAGAAAAGAUUCCCUCCUCUGGUGAAAGCUAACACAAUUGAUAUCCCUCCUGGACAAUAUCAACAAACAAAAAGCAAGACUGAUAAGGCUGACCCACUGUCUCUGGACGCUCUAAGUGCUCUUGGAGACACAUUACCGGCUGACGUUCCAAAACCCGAACUCCCCGAGGUCAAACCGGAGGACAUGGUCUCAGAGGACAAACACAAGAAGGAGAAGGGUGUGUUGGUAGGAGAAAGGGAGGACACCAUUCCUCCAGAGUACAGGUUCAACAAGGAGGAGCUUGAAAAGCUGCCUGCCCCCAAACCCGAGCCCACCUUGGACACCAGUGAGGCUCUGGAUAUUUUGUCUGGAGGCUUUGUGACCUCCUCAUCAGCUCCUGCUGUCCAGGCUCCAGUUGUCUGUCCCUCAGCUCCUCCUGCACAGCCCUCUGCAGACUUUGCUUUGGAUGCAUUGGCAGGAGAUUUUGUUACCCCCACUGCCGCUACUGGCGUCAAGUCUGCUUUGGCUCCCACAGACACUGAACAACAGAUGCUAGGUGAAGCAGACAACGCGUUGGACGCUUUGUCUGACACCUUGAAGGAUAUAAAACCCACCCCCCAGCCCACUCCAGUUCCAGUCAAAGACAUUGUUGAUGAGAAAAAGGUGGUUGAAGAACGGCUGAUUAAGAUGGGAGAAAGAGAUGACACCUUACCGCCAGAAUACAGACCCACUGAGGAAGAUAAGAAGAAAGCGGCAGAAGAAAAGGAAAAAGCAGCAUUAGCACCCAAGGAGAAGCCUAUGGAUGAUAAAGCAGCUCUGGACAUACUGUCUGGUGACUUCAGCCAGCCCGCAAAACCGGACGCAUGUUAUGCAGCAGAAACAAGAAUGAUGAAGAUAGAGCCUCCCAAGCUAAAGGAGACUAAAGAUGCUCAAAAAGCCAGUGACUUGUCUAUUCUCCCUCAGUCUGGGGAACUGGCUGUAUGCUAUGCAGCAGAAACAAAAAAGAUGGAACCUCCACAGCUGAAGGAGACUAAAGAUGCUCAAAAAGCCAGUGACUUGUCUGUUCUCCCUCAAUCUGGGGAACUGGCUGUGUGCUAUGCAGCAGAAACAAAAAAGAUGGAACCUCCACAGCUGAAGGAGACUAAAGAUGCUCAACCACCCGACGACUUGUCUCUUAUUCCUCAGUCUGGGGAGCUGGUUGUAGGUUAUGCAGACAAGUCAAAGCCUAUGCCUGGUCCUGCGCUGGAUGCUAUGGCGAGCACUCUGCUCCCAGACGUCCCAGAGUUUAAAUCUAAGACAGACAAACCAAAGGGCAAGAGCAAGUCAAAGUCAAGGUCUAAAAAACACCAUGCAGAAGAUCCAUCUGCCAGCGGCCAGCUAUCCUCUCCGCUGAGCUCAGACGUUGUGCCAACAUCCACAAAGAAAGGAGGCAAGAGAUAAGCCACAUGGUUGCCAGCGCAAACUGUUCUCGAGGCCAAAGGGAAGCAUGAUUGAGGGAGCUGCUCUCUGGAAAAUGUCCCUAUUCUUCUAAAAUGUCAAGAAUGUAUACUGGAAGAAAGAAAAACCUUCGACAUACCCAUAAUAUUUGCAUCACAUACAAGCACACACACACACAUCUGAGUGUUUAGCUCAGUUUUAUUUGUAUUUAAGGAUGAGAGGUUUUUGAUAAAGCAAAAAGAAUUAUUUUAAAAUAAGAUGCAGGGUGAGGAAUGAUGAGCAGCCCAAGAAAGGAAGGAGACUGUGGGGAAAUUGAGAAGUUGAAGACAUGUAACAUGUUUAAGGAAGGAAGGCUAUGCUCAUCAGAGUCUUGUACAACCACGUAAGCUGACGGUUUCUAUUUUUACAAAGAUAUCUUAUAUGACAACAUACCACCUGGUAUCCAAACCUGGUGGGUUUCAGUUGUAAAAGUCGCGACUGUCUUCUUGUGUGGGAGCAGCACAGAGUGGGUGUUUAGUAUCGGGAUGUUUGUGCAAUGUCGAUGUACACGUAAAAGCCAACUUUUCUCAUGAUGUGUUAAGAUGCCUUUAAGACACUAGUGUACAGCUUAGUUUGCUUAUAUUUUGGACAACACAUGGUUUACAUUUUUUAAUAUGUGGAGGAUUUAAAGAAGGUGUUCUGCUUCAAUCUGUAUCCAAGAGCUUCUUGCAAAUGCCAUAUACUUUCUGAGGUUCUUUUGUACGUAUUUGGCCUUGUAGAGAAUUUAAAUACAGGUGUCCAAAAGUGCACUUAGUGAAUUGAGGUGGUUUAUAUCUUUGUAAACUGCCCUUGUUUGUAUACUGUAGAAAAGAUUUUUGCUCUAACUGAACACUGUGUACUUUCAAAAGGGCUCUUAAAUGUAAAGUCACAAUCAAAUUACUUUUCAAAAAAAAAGAAAAAAAAACAUCAUGUCAAUUCAUGGUUUUGUGUGGGUGUGAGUCAAGAGAUGUGAGAUUUUUCAGAUGUGGGAAUACUAAUUAAAUAAAGAGUCUAAACUCAAA